AUGAUUGGCACACUUUAUUUCUUUGCUCUGCUGAGUUCCACUCCGGCCUUGGGGGGUUUGAGCCAGUGGAGUGAACUGAGUGCUGAGAUAAUGGCAGGAAGCGGUGGUGCAGACUUCUGCUCCUGUGAUGCUUUCUUGCCGAGUUCUACCUUUCCUCUAAAAGAUCUGGUGAUGGUGGAGCAGACAGCUGAGCAGAUCUACCACAAGUUGGAGAUGGAAAUGGGAAAGAUGGAGGACUAUGAGAUUAAGAUGACACAAUACGCAGAGAGGAUAAUCGAGUUGACAACGGAUAUCGAGAUACUGGAGAAAAAAACAGAUACCAACAAUGAUGCCACCUUGGAGGACCUGGAGGUGAAGAUUAAACAAGUGGAGGCCCUAAUUAAGGAAUUGCAGCUUUCAUUUAAAAGUUCCACCACUGUCUUUGAGUCACUUCAUCAAGAGAUCACAUUAAUAGUGGAGACCCUAGAUCAGAUGGAGAAGACCCAUGACAGGAACUUGGUACUCUUGACACGUCGAGAGUACAUUAAAAUCCAAAUGGAGCUCGAGGAAUGCGAGAGACGUCACCAGGAGCUCUUUAACCCUAACAUUGGUUCCUGCGCACAUACAGGUAUCAUCAAGGUCAGCAAGCCUAUUGUGAGUCAACUUAAUGCUCAUCUGUCAAGCGGCUACAUAUAUGGAGGCUGGGGCAAAGAUUCAAAGCCUAUUCGUGAUAGAGAAUCUAUGUACUGGUUUUCUGGGGACUCCGGUGCAUACAUCAAUAACAUUAGGUUCUACACAAAUUACAAAAAUCUAGUUCUUAGAACCCCUUUCCUGCAUCACACAAUGCCCAAUCAAUGGCGUGGUAUUGGUAGCAAUUAUAUAGUACGUGACAACACACUGUAUUAUCAGAACUACAUUCCAUUUGGAUUGGCUAAAUACAAUUUUACCAGUGCGACAUAUGAAUCCAGGGUGAUUCCUGGGGCAAGCAAAACCUUCUCAUACGCCAAAUUAAGCUAUCAGAUCUUUGACUUUGCCGCUGAUGAAACUGGCCUUUGGGUGGCAUACACAACAGAUGAGUCCAAUGGCAAGAUGGUUGUCGCUAAAAUAAACGAAGAGUCUUUUGGGAUCGUGGAGCAAUGGCAGACUAGUCUUUAUAAACCGAGCAUCAACAACGUCUUCAUGGUGUGUGGUGUUCUUUAUGCUGUCAGGACAGUUGAUAUUCAAAAUGAGGAAAUAUUUUUCAUGUUCGACACUAAAACCAGACAAGAGAAACAGAUAAGUAUUCUCUUUGAACGUUUCCAGGAUAAGUAUUCCAACCUGGAUUACAAUCCAACUGAUCAGAAGCUCUACAUGUACAAUGACGGCUACUAUGUUAAGUACCAUUUGUGGUUUAACCAUACAACUGAGGCCACAGCAAAACCACUCAUGGUACAGAACCCAAUCUGAAAAUGUAAUGUAAUUU